AGCCCCAUUAGGCUGUAGAGAGCAACAGCUUUAAAACUGAGUCAGUGUCGGAAGGCAGUUCAGUCACUAGGGCUCGUUUCCACUGUCGUCUUCUUAUUAGUGUAUCGAUAUGGUCUGGAGACUGGUGGUCCUCUUCGGGAUGUGCGCUCUUCUUACGGGUGCUGAAGGCAGAAGCCUCUGGGGGAGGACGGUGACUUUCCACCGGACUCAGCAGGAUGAGAUCCAAGCGCGUGUACGACCCAGGAGAGGCACCAGCGGUACAUCCAAACCUGCUCCCUUCACCUCCUGUCGGCUCCCCCUCACUCCAGCUGAGAACAAGGUUCUGGACGAUAAUACUCAUGAGACAGGGUUUAAUGGUGAUGAUGGCUCUCAUGUAAUUCUCACAUGGGUGGGUGAUGGUACCGGAGUCAUCCUGGUGCUGUCUACAAUUAAUGCUCCACUUGAUACUUUCCUAUAUGCAGGCUCCUCACGACUUUACAGGAGUACGGAUUACGGAAAGUUAUUCCGCGACAUUUCCCACCGGAUCAACAACACCUUUAUAAGAGAGGAGUUUGGAGUUAGCGUUGGACCAGGGAGCUCUGUGAUAUUGACAGCAGACACACCAGUGUUGGACAAUCCAGGUGGGAUCAUCUUCACCUCUACAGAUGCCGGCGCAACUUUCAAGUUCAUCCAGCUGCCCUUCCACUUGGCUGAGCCAAUCACAUACCACUUCCUCAACCGUGACUACCUUGUUGCCCUCAGUAUUGAUGGAAGUCUGUGGCUCUCUCUGGACUUUGGUGCCAAGUGGAAAAAAGUUCACGAUGGAGUGCAUUCUUUCUCAUGGGGCUCUGGUAUUAAUUUGUUCUUCAGCUGCAGCCAAGUAGACACAGUUGAGGCGGACGAGAGGGGAGAUUUAAUGCUAAAGAGGACGAAGGAUCUGGGCAAGACCUUUACCAUUAUCCACAGUGACAUCUACAGUUUUGGCUACAUUGGAGCCUUUCUUUUCUUCUCUGUGAUGGAAGAUCCGAGAUCCCCUCGUAUCAUGUAUUUCUCAUCGGACCAAGGAGAGACCUACAGCCGAGCACUGCUUCCUUCUGCCUCCACUGAGCAGUUCUACUCCAUCUUGGACGGAGAUGAGGACAUGCUCUUUAUGCAUGUGGACAACCCAGGAGACACCUACUUUGGGACCAUGUACAUCUCAGACGACCGUGGGAUCUUGUUCUACAAGUCACUCGAGCGCCACCUGUUUGAUGGACAGAGGAAGAGUGACUUCACUAACAUAACUUCAAUGAGAGGAGUCUACCUCACUAAUAAACUGGAUGAGGAUGGCCGAAUAAGAUCUGUCAUUUCCUUCAACCGAGGAGGGACGUGGAGACAACUUACCAAACCUGAGAAUGUGGAUUGUGGAGAGCCAGUUAAGAAAUGCAAUCUUCAUAUUCAUGGAGAACACAGUCGGAACAACCGAAUAGUUCCCAUGCUGGCUCUGUCUGAGCCGACUGCUAUUGGUCUGGUUAUCGCUCAUGGCACUGUUGGGGAUUCUCUCUCAUCAUCACAGCACCCAGAUGUGUUUGUGUCCUCAGAUGGGGGUUAUAACUGGUGGGGGACACUGAGGGGUCCUCACCACUACAGCAUAUUGAACUCUGGUGGUCUAAUUGUGGCUGUGGAGGCACAGCAUGAAGGACAAGUCAAGACUAUUAAGUUCUCCACUGACGAGGGCCAGUGCUGGAAGUUGUAUAACUUCACUGAGCAGCCCUUCUUCUUUGCAGGCCUGGCCGCCGAGCCAGGGACGAUGAUUGUCAGCGUGUGGGGCUUCCGGCCCGAGGAUGACGGCCAGCCCAUGUGGGUGGCUGUCACCAUUGAUUUCCAGAGCCUCAUUACUAGAGAGUGUAAUGAUCAGGAUUAUGAAGAGUGGUUGGCCCAUUCUACAGGAGGGGGGGACUUGGAGAGGAACGGCUGUGUUCUGGGUGUCAAGGAGACUUAUAGGAGGUUAAAGAAACAGUCUGUUUGCAGAAAUGGGAGAAACUUUGUGGUGAGGAAAAAGCAAAGCCCCUGCCUGUGUACCAGAGAAGAUUACCUGUGUGACUACACCUACUAUCGUGAUGUGAUUACAUCAGAGUGUGUGAGACAACUCAGUGCUGCAAAUAAAACUUUGGAGCUCUGUUUGAAUGGAGAGGAGGAUGAGCUUCUGACAACAGGGUAUCGUAAGGUCCCGAGUAAUAAAUGUGAGGGAGGGUUCACGCCUCAGUUCAGAAAGCAGACAGUCAGACCCUGUGGUGUUAAAUCCAGCCCUGGUCCACCUAGCUGGCAGCCGCCUCAAGUCAUACACUUUGACACACCACGAGAGAGGCUAGUCCUGAUCCUGGUGUGUGCAGGAGCAGGAGUUAUUGUCCUGGUAGCUAUCGCUUCCGCUAUCCUGGCUGUGAGGAGAGUGGUUUAUAGAUACAGGACACCCGUGUAUCGGUUCUCUAACCUUCAGAUUCAGGAUGAUAACAGCAUUACACCUGAUAUCGAAAGCGUCACUAGUACCAAUAGCACAGCCUGCCAGCAGGACUCUGAUGAGGACCUUAUUGAAUGACACGUUUGGAUAUAAUGAAUGUUAUGAUUAAAACCAACGGUGCCAAAAACAAUGACAGCUGCAUUUUGUUGGACCAUGCCAAGUUCUGUGAUUUAGAAUGAAAAGCAUGAAAAUGUUAAAUAACUUAAUUUAUUGAACUUGCUUAAUGCCAUUGCUCUACUUAGCUUAAUCUUUGAUUUGUAUUAGUUUUUUCUUUACUGUGUUUUGCAUCACCUUUUUACUUUGUGUUCCAAGUGAAAACAAACAUGCCAUCCUAAAAAUAUGCAUUUGUAAAAAAACACAAGAAAAAACUGCAUAUUAUGUGCUCUUCCUGUUGAGUUAUAUGAUAUAUGUCAAAAUAUUCUGUACAUUAAACGUUUGUUUUAAAGCGUUAGUCCAUCAGAUGGCGCUGGUGGCGAUGGACAUGUCCCAUCUGUUUCAAAAUGACCAGAGAAGAAGAAAAAAAACAGGAAGCACAAGUGCGACGGAAACAAAGAUAAUUUAUUAUUAAGACAUCUCACUCGAAAAACUUGCUACUACGGCCACUAUUCUACAGAGUAGAAGUAAUGUAGGCUACAAAAUAAAAACGCAUUGAGAUGGCUCAAAAAGAGCUCAUAACAAUAGAACAAGCAUUGAGAAUUUCUUUUACCUCAUUGCAGCAAAAUAAAAUACAUUGAAAUAUAUUCAUCCACGAAAUUGGACUCAGAUUGAACAGGAAGUACUAAGUGCCUUUUGUCAAUCUAACAAUUUAUCACUGAACCACAUAUUUGUGUAUGAAUAAA